UGCCGAUAAGGUGGAAACCACUGAAAUUCACUGUAAUGGCGGCAGAAAAGAUGUUGGGCCGGGUACCAAGUAGCACCCCAUACGUUUCAUGGUUUGAAUUUCUUUUGGAUAAAACUGGCAAACUUCUCAAAGAACAUGUUGCAUCGAAAAAUGCAGAUCCUUCACCACUACAGUUGUGCAAAACAUUUCUCCAGAAAUGCUCUAUGCCUUCCCAGAUAGCUGGUGGCCAGCCUCAAAUGCCUGCAGAGAAUGAAAGAACAAAACAGCUUAGGUUUCUUGCACUUGUUGUUGCCUCCUACACACACUGGGAUUUGGAUGAGAUCGACGAUAGCAUUCAACUGCCGUUCCAAUAUCUAUUGAUGGUUGAACUUCUACGGAAUUAUGGUUUAUCAGAGAAUACAAUAACUGGUAUGUUUCAGCCUGAAGGUAUGGACAACAGACUGCUUAUGGUUUGGAUUCUAUUUCACAGAUGGAUUGUGCGCUCUAUAGUGAAGAUAAGUCAGAGCAGAAAGCCGGAAAAAAGCAGAAUGAGGCCUGGGAAUUCAAACAGUGUUUCACAAGAAGAGCAGAUGAUCCCCAUGCUAUAUGGCUACCUACCGCACUCUCUGCAUGUAUUGAACCAGUGCCUCGUGCUUGAAAGAGACCUUGAAGUACCCUUUCCACGCUUGAAUGAUAGCAAUAAAAAAGCUGUAUCAAAUAUAGGUGAAGGUAGCAGUAAUGCUGAGAUGGACGUAGCUGAAGAGCAAGACGGCAGUGCUUUAGAAAACGAUGCUGCUGACACUGAUGAGCUGGCUACAGAUACCAAAGCUACUGAGAAUGUUUAUGAUGAAGUGAUAGCUCUAAAAUGUGAACAUAUCAAGAUGCAAAUAUUUGCAGAUCUUGGCCUAUUUCACUUCUUCCAAGAAGACUACCACGAUGCAUUCAAGCAUUUCAAUCAACUCUUUGAGUAUAUGCAAAAAGAAAAGGAAUGCAAAGCAAUGAAGAGUCUACCAGAUAUCAAAGGUGCCUUUCUUGCCUGUUUGAUGAUUUGCAGUAAGACAAUAAGUGAUGAUUUGUUACUGCAGGGAAAUGUCUCGUUGAUGCUGAGAGCUGAAAGAUGUCUGUCAAAGAAUUUUGAGGGGCUGUAUGAACUUCUGAGGGAAGAUAACUUGAAGAAAGAAUUACCUCUGGAUUAUCGAAUCAACAUUGAAUCUCUUAUUGUUGCUGAGCAACGCAAAGACCUAUUGUUCUCCGUAUGCGCAUGCAAUGCUGUCAGAUGUUCACUGGCAGGAAACCUGCUUCCUAGUCCCUUUUUAAAGUCUUUAAAGAGUGUUAAAAAAGAAGAGAUCGUUAUUUUUAUAGAGCUUUGUAAGGAUAUAAUUUCCAACGCCUCAAGAAGAGCGGAUACUGAUAAUUUGAAAAGAUUGCUAAGGACCAUUUCUAGAUUUAUUUCAAAAGACAUGCGGGAAGUCCUGCUUGCGGACCAGCAACUCUCUCCCUUGUUUUCUCUAAAGGGUGGUUCUGGCACAAUUGCAAAAGACGCUAUGGAAACUGAUGACAACAAUAUCGUGUGUAUUUCUCUAGGAGGGAGCUCGCUUCUGGAAGCUGUUAGUGAUUUCAACCCCAAAGAAGAUGCGCAUUUUGUAAAACGUGAGGUUGCCCUUUGCACGAGCCCUGACAAACUGAAACAGCUGGCAGCACGUCUCGGGGAACUGUGCCCUGGUAAAGAUAUUUCCAAGGGAUUCCAGUGCGCUCCCUAUACUGAACUGGUAAGCGAAGUUCGUGAUCCGAUUACCAAAAUGCUUCUUCACGUUUACCUCACAAAGGCCCGAGAAUUGGCUGGCAAACAGGACCUUGGUCAAUCGUUGAGUCUGCUGACAAGUGCAUUGGAAGUUUUGAAUCAAUACUGUCUGCAGUCUGGGAGCAACAGUCAGACAAAUAGAAUAAAAAAUGUCAUACACCACGAGAUGUUGUCUGCUAAAGUCCAACGUGAGCAAAAUAAACAAGACGGCAGCGUCGUGAAUGUUGAUACUCUGCGCCUCUGCAAAGCCUGCUACCACCACCGAGAGCAAGAUCCCCUUCCUAAAAAGGAAAUUUAUUGUCACAUUGUGUCGUACCUUUUAAACAACAAAGAGUGGCAAUUUCUGAUUGAUGAAAGGGGAAAUUUUGAAGGAGUAGCAGAUUUCAUGGAGCUUGGUUGUCAGCUUGCAACGGUUUCUGUUGGUUUAUCAAAAGCAGGUGAUGCAGUCUGUAAACACGCAAGUGAACUGUGGAACACAGUUAUCACAAUCGUAUGCGACUGUGUUAGUAACAAAAGCGGACAACCUCUGAUGGCCUUUGAAAGAUCUCCUCAGGGUACCAGGCGUAGUCCUGCUGCCGUCACCAAGAACGACUUCAUUAUGUUUCUCAAAACACUCAAGAACAGCACUGUGCUGUCUGUGGUGGCAUCCUGCUUGAUAUCUAUAAUGAAUCUUUUGAAGAACAACGGUCAAGUUGAGCUUAAGGCAUUGUACAGUCAUAUUUGGCCUACAACCCUAAACUUUGAUAACAUGGAUGGCAAAUGCGAGCAGAUUCUGUCCGUUUUGAGUCCACUGCUGGACAAAAUUAUAAAGUCAGACCCGCGAAACAUAGCAUGGCUGAGGAACAAAGCUGACAUUUAUUUAGUUGAAGGUAAACACAGGGAUGCGAUGAGGCAGUAUUUAGAAGUCGGAGCUAUGACGUCAAACAUGUUUAGCGUACCAGUCCCAUUUCAUGCUUGGGACGACCAGAUUUAUCAGCGUAUGAUCGACUGCUGCAUGAAGCAAAAGUUUUACUCACAGGCUGUCGUCUUGUGUCAGUUUGUUGAUCCAAUCGACUAUGGAACGGUUUUGAAAUCAAUCCAGGAAAAUGGCAAAACAUGUGAUCUGAUCGACACGACGUAUGACUGUAUAUGGGAUCCAACCAUUCUCGAGUUCUUAAUUUACGCACAUUCAAAACGUGGGGAAGUAGAGAAAAAGCAAAUUGCUGUAAAGAUGAUCAGUCAGCCAGAAAUAAACUCUUGUAAUAGUCCAGAGACUUUAAAGCAAACUUCGGGCCUGAAGAAGUGCAAGUUCUUAAGGUUCCUUGCCAAAUUUUAUUGGAACUAGUGGGAAGCUUUUUCUUAAAGAUUUAGUUAGAUUUCACCUGCAAUGCUUUAAGAAGAAAAUGAAAAUUUCAAUUACUAUUUUGUUUGUUUUAUGUCCUUCAUCAUCCCUUUUAUCCGCUUUUAUCAUCAUCCGUUUAUGCCCUUUUUUGCCUUCAUCCAGGAAAUUCAAUUUGAGAUCCUCCAUGAAUUACCUUAUUGUUUAGUUUCUUAAAAAUCAAAACCAACCAAGAGACUCUUCUGUUAUACAAGCAAAAGUGAAAUGCAUAGGCUAGGCCCAAGUUUAUAAUGUCGAGUCUUCAUUGUGCCCUUACCCUUCCACUAGCUUGUAGUUGAAUUCAUGAGUAUGCAUUUAUUUGCCUAACUUUGCAAUGAAUAGAAUGGUUUACGAAUUGGCUGUCCUUAUUCCUUUAACAUUUUGAGCCAAAAUAAUAUCCGUUCUCCCGAUACACAAUUAUUUCUACAGCAAGAUGGCAAAAUCUCACUUCCUUCUCCCAUUUACUGUAAUGCUUCGAUUAAGGGCGUUUAUUAAUUUUUCUAUAUUUUAGGAGGCAUCUAUUCGAAGGGGCGUUAAAAAGAGGGGCGUUUAUCGAGUUUGUUUACUCUUCCUAGGCAAUAUGUUUAAAAAAGAAUCUAAUGAUGAUCGCACUUAGCGCGAAAAUCUGAGUAACAACUAAAGAAGUCUGGUCUCAGAAGAAAAAAACGCUAUUCGGAAGUUUUAGAGAAGGAACUUUUGAAAAGAAAGAUGAAAUUUCCCACUGUAACGUCUAAAUUUAGAAAGAACGUCGUAUAUCGUAAAUUUCCUUAUUAUUUCGCGAAAUAAAGCUAAAGAAGCAUGGUAGUAUAUUGUUUUUACUGUUCUGUGUGUUUCGAUUACGUUUAAGUCGGGGCAUCCAUUUGAGGGGGCGUUUAAUAGAGGGGGCAUUUCUUAAAAAAUCCUUUAAAAUAGAAUUUUAUUCUAGGGGGCGUUUAAAAGAAGGGGCGUUUAAUCGAAGCAUUACGGUACGUUUUAACAAUGAGAACCAAAGAAAUUUCUUCAGCUGAAAUUUCUGACCCUCAAACCUACUUUGACAGUCAAAAGAAUCUGGACAGUCAAGUUAGUAAUUAGCUCAAAUCAGUCAAGAAGAAGCUGGAUGGGAAAAGGUCUAGAAUGCCUCCUCAUAUUCAACACAAGAUAUGUUAAAUUCUUUAUGGUUAAUUCUUAGUUUACAAUACCAUUUCGGUGACCUUCAAAAAUAUGAGCGAGUGCUCCUAUUCCGAUAAGAUUUAAAAUUUUCUUCCUGUUUUACGGUAGCCUAUGAUCAGAAUUUGAUGACAAAAGUCAAAGAAUUGUCUGCUAGGGUCACAUCUUGCCCAUGUCUUGACUUCUCAACAUGUCUUCAACAUAUCUUUUUCAGUACCGAAGUUUCAUCGUGGACAAAAAAUUCCGAUUUUUUUAAGAUACUGACUGUUGAUACAAAAAAAUUUUUUUAGUAUUUGAAAGAGAUUUUGAUAAAAUUGCAGCAAUGAAUUUGUUAGCUAUUGGAUGAGACGUACUCCUCUAUUUCUUUCUUACUUUUGGGCUUCAUUAAAAAUGAGAAAAUAUCAAUAAUACGAGGGUGAUUGUGAAGGAGCUAAGUAUUUUACAUAGAGUACUUUGCAGCAACAGGCCUCUUUCCGUUGAAUGAUAAGUUGGCAGUCUGUGCUCUCCUAGUUGCUA